GGCUCAUCGUUGGGGUGAUCCUGAGGUAUGGCACCCCUGCCACCAGUGGCCGUGACAAGUCACUCAGCUGCACUCAGGAAGACAGGGCCUUCAGCACCUUGUUAGUGAAUGUCAGUGGGAAGUUCUUCGAAUACACCCUGAAGGGAGAAAUCAGCCCUGGCAAAGUCAACAGUGUAGAGCAGAAUGACAUGCUGCGGAAGGUAACAUUUGAUCCAGAGGUGUUUUUCAACAUUCUGCUGCCUCCAAUUAUUUUCCAUGCUGGAUACAGUUUAAAAAAGAGACAUUUUUUCAGAAAUCUUGGGUCUAUUCUGGCGUAUGCCUUCUUGGGGACUGCUGUUUCCUGCUUCAUUAUUGGAAAUCUCAUGUAUGGCGUGGUGAAGCUCAUGAAGGUUGUGGGACAGCUCUCGGAUAAAUUUUACUACACGGAUUGUCUCUUUUUUGGAGCAAUUAUCUCUGCCACUGACCCAGUGACUGUGCUGGCGAUAUUUAAUGAAUUGCAUGCAGAUGUGGAUCUUUACGCACUUCUGUUUGGAGAGAGCGUCCUAAAUGAUGCCGUUGCCAUUGUACUGUCCUCGUCUAUCGUUGCCUACCAGCCAGCAGGGCUGAACACACACGCCUUUGAUGCUGCUGCCUUUUUUAAGUCAGUCGGCAUUUUUCUAGGUAUAUUUAGUGGCUCUUUCACCAUGGGAGCUGUGACUGGUGUUGUGACUGCUCUAGUGACCAAGUUUACCAAGCUGCACUGCUUCCCCCUGCUGGAGACGGCACUCUUCUUCCUCAUGUCCUGGAGCACGUUCCUCUUGGCAGAAGCCUGUGGAUUUACAGGUGUUGUAGCUGUCCUUUUCUGUGGAAUCACACAAGCUCAUUACACCUACAACAACCUGUCGGUAGAAUCAAGAAGUCGAACCAAGCAGCUCUUUGAGGUGUUACACUUCCUGGCAGAGAACUUCAUCUUCUCCUACAUGGGCCUGGCGCUGUUUACCUUCCAGAAGCAUGUUUUCAGCCCCGUUUUCAUCAUUGGUGCUUUUGUUGCCAUCUUCCUGGGCAGAGCUGCGCAUAUCUACCCACUCUCCUUCUUCCUCAACUUGGGCAGGAGGCAUAAGAUUGGCUGGAAUUUUCAACACAUGAUGAUGUUUUCAGGCCUCAGGGGGGCAAUGGCAUUUGCAUUGGCCAUCCGCGACACGGCAUCCUAUGCUCGCCAGAUGAUGUUCACGACCACCCUCCUCAUCGUCUUCUUCACUGUCUGGAUCAUUGGCGGAGGCACAACACCCAUGUUGUCAUGGCUUAAUAUAAGAGUUGGAGUCGAGGAGCCCUCUGAAGAGGACCAGAAUGAACAACGCUGGCAGUACAUCAGAGUUGGUGUUGACCCAGAUCAAGACCCACCACCCAACAACGACAGCUUUCAAGUCUUACAAGGGGAUGGCCCAGAUUCUGCCACAGGAAACCGGACAAAGCAGGAGAGUGCGUGGAUAUUCCGGCUGUGGUACAGCUUUGACCACAAUUACUUGAAGCCCAUCCUCACACACAGCGGCCCUCCACUGACCACCACUCUCCCUGCCUGGUGUGGCUUGCUAGCUCGAUGUCUGACUAGUCCCCAGGUGUACGACAACCAAGAGCCCCUAAGAGAGGAAGACUCUGAUUUCAUCCUGACCGAGGGCGACCUCACCUUGACCUAUGGGGACAGCACAGUGACUGCAAAUGGCUCUUCAGGCUCCCACACGGCCUCCACGAGUCUCGAGGGCAGCCGGAGAACAAAGAGCAGCUCUGAGGAAGUGCUGGAGCGAGACCUGGGAAUGGGAGACCAGAAGGUUUCGAGCUGGGGCACCCCCCUAGUGUUGCCUCUGGAUGAUAAUGCAUGACUUUCCCGCCAAACCCUGAAGUGAUGGGGUUGGCCCCGGUGGGGUGACGAUGGUUGCAAGCCCCAGUGGUGUUUGAAGCGGGGCAUGGACUGCAUUGAACUUACGCUUCUAAUUCAUUGAGGUCUGAAGCUAUCUUAAAACUUAAAAUUUACCCCAAGAUGCAGAUGGUGAGGCUAAAGUGUCUUUAAAUUAAGGCAAAUGCAGACCUAUUCCCACUUUUUCACGUAGUAGUGCGUUGUUUCAGAGUUAAAUGAAAACUAGCAUGCUUUACUGGUCUCUUCAUUCAUUCGCCUGCAGUAUCCAAACCGGGUGGGGCAGGGAUUGGGAUCCCUCCCACAAGCGGCUUCAUCUCAGUGCACAGCAGUGCGUGUCUCGCUGGCUGCAGGCAUAUUAAGUUAGGGGAGAACAGGCUAGGAGAAAGUUCUCAAAAGAAGGCAAUUGAUAUUGGACCUCCAAAGAUUAUGGGAAGCUGAUGUUAAAUGGGACAGAAAACAUGAAAAAGCAACUUGAGUGGAGGCUUCAGCAACGAAGGCUGUGUUUGCAAUCUCAUGUCAGGCUUCCUGACUUUUUGUGCUACCUGUGUUUCUUCUAGACUGAAGAUUAGAAAAUAUAUCCAUGAACAUUUCAACAUGGAGGAAAGAAUUAUAGUUCCUUCUCUGGAAAUCUCCAUAAAGAAGUAGUUACUGAAAUGUUUAAAACCAAAGGAAAAUAGUGUUAUACUAUUGUUUUUUAAUUAGUCUGAGGACAGGAGGUAUUUAGAGGCAGAUGAUGAUAUCACUACAAAAAUAAUUCAACUUUUGAGGGCUACCAUAUGAGCUGAUUGCCUGGGAAAUGAUUAAGUAGCACUGGGGUAGCUACUGCAGGCUUAGAAAUAACACCAAAAUUUACAGGCUGCUUUUAUGUGGGGAAGAGAAUGCAGCCAGACCUAAGAGGCGAUCGGCUAGUAUUCAGAGGGAAAGAAAUCUCAAUGCAAAAAAGUUAACUGCAAAGAAAAUACAAGAUAGUAGUCUCAAGACUGGGUAGAACUCCAAACUUCAAGCUGAUGACUGCACGAAAUUUCAGUGGCCAUGCAAGGAAUCUGAGACUAGUCAGUGGAAUGUUAAGGAUUAUUCAGACCAGUAGAAGGUUUGUCUUCUAUAAGAUUAAGUAUCCAGGGUCUUUACACUACUGAGUGCCAUGAGGAGAAGGGUUAUUUCUUGGUAUCUAGGAAGCCUUGUUGCUCCAGCUUAAUAUGUAGGUGUGGCUUGAAAUUUAGGUUUUUAGUUUUGGUUUUUUCUGGGUGAGCUAUUCUACCCACCCACUUAUGGGGGAAAGGGGGGUUUCAUCUCAACUGAGCUGAAGAAGCUCUACUCAGACUUGAAGUUUUCUGGGAACCUGGAAUUAAAUUAAUUUAAUUCUUUGCUGUCAAGCUUUCCCUUCAUUUGUCCCCAUGCCUGAAUCCUCAUUGGAUUUCUCAGAAUAAGGGUGAGCCCAUUUACAGAGUAGAAGGUUGAGGUCACUUUGCUGUCACAUGGUGGUGGUGGUGUAGGUAGCAGGUAAUUAAGGAGAUGCCAACUUUUGUAUAGCACCCAUAGAGAGAAGAUAAAAACUCCUGCUGUUUCUUUUAAUACUCUUUUUGGGAACUACCAGGAAACCUAAGCUUUCUCUCUUAGAGAAGGAAAUUUGGAGUUUAAAUAAGGCCACAUUUCUUCCUAGGAAACAAGCACAGGAAGGGCAUAUAGACUCUGCCCAUCCAGGGUACUAACUGGUGUGAUCAAACAAAUAAGCGUUGAUUCCUUGAAGCCAAAAACCAUAUGGUGACAUCACGUGUUUCAUCAAGCAAACAGCAAGGAGCUCUUUAGGCUGUGUUCUCUAGACCUGAAAAUAUCCUCUGAGGUUUGGUUGACAAAUGAAAUCUCUUUAGAAAGCAUUCAGAAUGUUAUCUCGGCUGUCUACCACCAUUUCAGUCUAGGGCAAAGAAUUCCUUCCAAAAUAGAGGUCUGUUUCACAUUACCACCCCCCUCCCCCCAUGAUCUCUCUCCCUUUCUUUGCCUUUGGUGGAAGCAAAUGUCAUCACGUCAGAUAUUCAAUGUGAGCAAGUGAUUUACAAAUGCAGAAGCACCACCACCACCCUUGGGGAAGAGCUGCGGCAGGGCAGUUGAGCAACUCAUCAGAGGUGAAAGUCAUCCUCUUGGAAACCUCCCUUGUCUCCAUCAUGAGUUCUAAGAGGUGUAGUAAAAUGUAAUCUGGAAUGAGGGCUGCUGGAAAGCCAGGUUGCUUGUCUAAUAAGUACAUGACUUCUUACUCCACUUCAGCAGUGGGGAAUUUGAGAAGCUCCAUGCCUGCCUUUUGAUGUUGAUUCUAUAGAUUAGUUAGUGCAGGAAUGAGCCUGUCAGAUACAUUAGACUUCUGUCACUGAGUUCCGAUCUCUUCUGUUGUUUUUAAAGUAAGAAUCUGGCUUGCCAGUGAUGGUUACUGCAUUCUGAUACAGUAAGUCGAAGGAAUCUAGUAGCCAAGAGUUGUAGUUUGGGAAGAACCCAUCUAAAUGCUGCUUUCACCACUCUGAUACCUGAAAAGAACUUUCUGCUUUCUCAGACCUAAUAAGAACAACACAUAGAGAAAUACUGUAGAAACCAAUGCUAGUGUCUAACUAAGAAAAGCAAGUAGACUCUCUGACAAUCCUUUCAAAACAAGACCUAGAAAUCAUUUUUCCCAGUUUCGAUUUUCAUAAAGUUUUUUUAUAUUAACAAACACAUCUUGUCACCAAGUGCUAGCAAAAGUUGUAAAGAACAAAACCAAAGUUUUUGAUGUUAGUUUUAUUUUCACAAGCAGGGUAUUCUACAACCAGGGCCCAUACAGAACACGCAGGCAGCCAGUUCUCUGUUACCCAAGCCUCGGAGAAGAUGAGAAGGAAGGUCUGCCUGCUGUGUUGCCGUUUGAAAAGGUCUGAAGCAGAUGUGAGAGCACAUGGCAGAGGUCACCUUCUUGUUCUGAUGGCCACCUUUUUAGAAGGCUUAACAGAAAUGCCAAAUGUCAUGGUUGAUUCUUGAGUCUUGACCAGUGGAAAACUGUCUGGGCCUAUAAUAUAUUGGAGGAACUCAGAAAAGGACUUGUAAACAGUAUGAAGAACUCGACAUCUGCUGUCUAAAACACUUAAGUUAUGAUCCAGGUGUUACUGGGUUACAUGGACAUUUGGGGGCUAACUUUUGUUGUGAUUGUUUCAAUUGUGGUCUUUGGAGAAGUAGAGGAAUGACUUUCAGUUAUGUGGGUGGAUUUGGAAUUUACCACUGAAAUCACUCAGAGUGUGACUUCAUAGUAGGGUCAGCUCCUCUUAGGUAGUCUUUUUAUUUUUUACAUAUAAUACAUCUGGUUCUUUCUUGGAAAGUUUUACUAUGUCCAUUAAAGUGAUUAAAUGGGAAGGCCACCAAGAUUCAUUUAGUAACAGAAAAGGAAUUUUUUAAAUAGCAUAGGAUGAAUUUAACAUGGAAUGAUGUGACCUUCUGGGGAUCUUUUUAUAGAGAGCUUACAUACUAAUUGGGGAGAAUUUUGUCUUCUAUUUACAGUCAACAGCAGCAAACUGAUGGUUUUAUAAAAUUAACAUUAUAGUAUGUUACAUAAAUAAACAUCUUACAUAAAACGACAUUAAGUAUAACUGUGAAAAAUUAAAGGCUUGGAGUUAUCUGCAACCUUUAUGUGCAAUAAGGAAAAUUGCAGUAGGCCCCCAAAGUGCUAUUUCUCCCUAGCAUUUUACUUAAUGUUUACCUUUGUGCAUAUGUUUAGAUUGCUAUUGUAAAGCUAGCCACAUUUUCCUGCCCUUUACUGAUAUUUAACACAUUUUUCUCAAAGCUUUUUUUUUUUUUUUACAAAACUCAAAAUAAAAAGAUUAACUGGC